CGCACCCGCGCACAAGGGGAUGUCCAAAUUGGAUGACAAGGUGGAUUGUGCUUUCGAAGGGUUUAAUAGCCUUGGCUUCGCAAUGCUAUGAACCGUAGCUUCACCCGUGGACUUUACUGGUCUCCGUUUCCUCUGCUCAGCUGCAUCACAUCGCAGGAUAGCUAGCCAGUCACCCCUGUCUUCACGUGCAUCAACAACUGCGUUGUCAAGAUGUUCGACUCACCAGAUUGGGUUUUCACUAUGUUUGCUUUCCUGGGAUUCCUGUGCUGCAUGAUCCCGCUUCCCUGGCAUUUGGAGGCAUGGAAUACUGGAACUUGUCUUUACAUGAUCUGGACCGGUCUAUCGUGUUUAAUACAGUUCAUUAACUCGAUCGUUUGGCAGUCGAAUGUGGUUAACUGGGCUCCAGUGUGGUGUGACAUCACCUCCAAAUUCAUAAUCGGGGCCAACGUUGCCAUUCCUGCUUGUUCACUUUGCAUCAACCGUCGUCUCUACCACAUCGCAUCAGUUUCUUCCGUCACGAAGACGAGAGCUCAGAAGAGACGCGACAUUAUGACCGAUCUCGCUAUUGGCCUCGGUAUCCCCGUCCUGGAGAUGAUUCUGCAGUAUAUCGUGCAAGGACAUCGGUUCAACAUUUUUGAGGAAGUUGGCUGUUAUCCAGCCACUUUUAACACCCCUCCCGCAUAUGCAUUGGUAUUUACGUGGCCCUUGGUCCUCGGGUGUAUCUCUGCUUACUAUUGUGUCCGCACCAUUGUCGAACUAGCCCAGCGUAGGGCGCAGUUCAUGGAGUUCCUUUCUGUGAACAAGAACCUGAGUUCCAGUCGUUACUUCCGCCUCAUGGGUCUUGCUGGCAUUGAAAUGUUAUGCACGAUUCCUCUGGGUGCCUAUGUCAUCUACCUCAAUGCCACUGCCCAACCAAUUUUACCCUGGAUCAGUUGGGCGGACACGCACUCCAAUUUCUCUUUUGUCGGAAUAGUUCCAUCAGUGGUAUGGCGCGCGAGCGGUCCUACUGUGUUGUCGAUCGAGCUCAGCCGGUGGCUCCUCGUCGUCUGCGCAUUCGUCUUCUUCGCUUUCUUCGGGUUCGCCGAUGAGGCCAGGAAGAACUACCGCCUUGCCUAUGUUUCGGUUGCGAAGCGCGUGGGUAUUUCGACAGCUGGUACUAUGUCGACUGGAGGAGGGUCUUGGACAACUGGUUCAAAAUCAGAGAUGGCAUGCAACAGCCGCACUGCCACUAUGCCCGUGUUCGUCACUCAACGCACCGAACAGAAGCGCGAUUCUCUCACUUCGUUCUCCACCGACAGCUCCAUGGGCGAGUUCAACCUGGCAUUCAACGAUGCCAAGGAGAUUCCAUACUCGCCAACAGAAACGGCCGCGGGUUCUAUAUCAAAGGAGUCGCUCCCGAGCACGCCUGUUGAUGAACAGACAGUUCAUCUACCAGAUACACCUGCUCUUCCCCAGUAUAUCGUCGAUUCGCCUGAAUCGCUGCGCAAUUCAGUUGAUAUUGUCUGAUCUAUAACCACAAAAAACGGAUUUUUUUUGGCUUUCUCCUUCCAUUCCUUACGCGGUUGGUUUAUUGUAUUGUUAGCACAGUCACUCCCUGGAAUCUCGAGGUACCCACUCCGUUAUCUGUUUGUAUACCCACUAGUUUCAACUACCUUUAUCCCUAUUUGUAUGAGUUCGGUCUCAUGUAGACAGUGUAGCAAUCUUUGUCGGUCGGCCCAAUAGAAUAUUUUCAAACGAGCGGAAUAUGUUGGGAUUUCA